UGUGACUUAGGAUAGCUAACAGUGCUAGGUAUGAAGCACUAUGGGCAGGACUGACAAUCUGGGGAAGUUGACAUAAGGGUUCAAAUAAAAUAAACUGAUCAGUGUAAGUGGGGGAGAUGCCCUCAAACAAGUCUGUGUCUGAUGCCCCCAUCACCCAGUUUAUUAACUGCACCGUCUUGAGAGACCAUGAGCUGCAGAGAGAAGAUCUUUGGGUGCGGCAGGGGAAGAUCCUGAACCCUGAAAAACUGUUUUUUGAUGAGAAAGCAUCAGCCGAUGUCCAGAUAGACUGUAAGGGGAGAAUUAUUGCUCCGGGAUUCAUUGACACCCAGAUCAACGGUGGGUUUGGUGUGGAUUUUUCCCAAGCGACGGAAGAUGUGAUGCAUGGUAUAUCCCUGGUUGGUAGAAAGAUACUUUCUCAUGGUGUGACAUCUUUCUGUCCCACCCUGGUGACUUCUCCCCCGUAUGUCUAUCACAAGGUUAUUCCUCAGAUAUCCGUGAGGGGUGGUGGAGAAGAAGGAGCCGGGGUUCUUGGCAUCCACCUGGAGGGGCCAUACAUUAGUCGGGAGAAGAAGGGCGCUCACCCUGAGCAUUACUUGCGCUCAUUCAGUAAUAAAGGAUUUGAAGAGCUCCUGUCUACCUAUGGGACAUUAGAGGGGGUGAGCAUCGUGACCCUGGCCCCCGAGAUGGAUAGAAGCCCGGAAGUGAUCAGAGAGCUGUUACAGAGAGGGAUCUGCGUGUCACUUGGUCACUCAGUUGCCAAUUUAUCCCAGGCUGAGGAAGCCGUGUGCAAUGGGGCAUCAUUUAUCACCCACCUCUUCAAUGCCAUGCUACCGUUUCACCACCGCGAUCCUGGAAUUGUCGGGUUAUUAACAAGUGACCGUAUUCCAUGCGGGAAGUCUGUGUACUAUGGGAUGAUUGCAGAUGGAAUCCACACUAACCCAGCAGCACUGAGAAUCGCCCAUCGUGCCCAUCCAAAGGGUCUCGUGCUGGUGACAGACGCAAUCACUGCCAUGGGCCUGGGUCCCGGGAAACACACUCUGGGCCAGCAGGAGAUACUCAUUGAUGGACUCAACGCGUAUGUGGCUGGAACGCAAACAUUAGCGGGCAGUAUCGCUACAAUGGAUAUGUGUGUGAGACACUUCCGUGAGGCUACUGGAUGCACGAUAGAGGAAGCGUUGGAAGCAGCAUCCCUUCAUCCGGCGCAAAAUCUUGGUCUUCAGCACCGUAAGGGGACUCUGAAUUUUGGAGCAGACGCAGAUUUUGUGUUCCUCGAUGACAACCUGAAUGUCAAAGCCACUUAUAUUGCUGGGGAGCUGGUAUGGGAGGCUUCGACUCCUUCCUAAGCUGCUACUCACUGAAGAUCUACCUGGCGACCUGCACCCAACCAUCUUCUGUGCCUUAAUCCUUGGCUGCUUAGAAUAUAGCAACUGGAAUAAUGUUUUGCGCAUGGCUUUACUACAGCACUCGCUCUGUAACCAUUUAUCAGAGUGACCACAACUUUUCAAAGGAUUUAACCCUAGAUCUUAAACAGGCGCAGCUAAGACCAUCCUGACGCUAUACAUUUCCAGCUGCUCCCCUGUUCCAUCUUCAGCAUAGCAUUUCUCACUCUGCGAUGUGUUUCCUGAACAAAGUCACACAAUCAUUCCAUUUUUGUAUCGUGAUAGACAUUUCAUUCUAUAAAAUACAUUCUUAACUUACAGAUUCCUAACCCAUAAUAAUCUAGGACCCACUGAGCCUAGUAUAACAAUCUCCCUACAGUGCGACUUUCUCUUUAGAUCCCCUUAAGGGAUGAUUGCAGCUUCUCAUAGGUCCCAGUACCCUUAGUAACACAAGUUUGAAUAAUCUUCUAUUUAGAUGAGGUUUCUUUCAAAAUGAUAGAUCCUUUACAGGAAACUAUUGGACGUUGACCUCUCGCCAAACUACAGCUCCCAUAAACUUUUGGCAAAGAUCACAAUCACUACUUUCCAAUGGUAGAUGGGAAUUUUAGUUAAAUGUACAAACAGAUGGAGACUUAACUGCCCGUAGAUGUCCGUCUACCUGGGAUAAUGGGGUUGAUAGCCUAAGCACCUGCACAUUUUAUUAGGGAGUGCAUAUUAAUGAUCGUUAACUGCUUCUGGGAUAUGUCUUUAAGGGACACUGACUUAAGGGUGUACAUAUAUAAUCCAGUACUGAGGAAACCAUUGACUGUUUGUUUGGUUUUUGAAGAGUGAUUUUGGAGACAUUGAACUAAUCUGUUAAUAACAUGCAGUUAUCACUACAGCCACUGGGUAGCAGCAUGUGAACAUGCUUUUUUCCACAAUCUAAUCUCCUUUCUAUGUUGAAGCACUCUUUAUCCAAUUCUGUAUCUAUUGCUGAACAAGAGCUCUCGUGAAUUUCCACCAUAGACAGGCAGCUUACCUCUGACGUGUACUACGGAAAUCCCCAAUAUGAUGUCUGUGAAAUUAGACAUUCCGGAUGAGAGAAUGUUAAUUAUUAAGUCAUGCAUUUUAAGAGUUCGGUCUAAUAGGAAAGGCAAUGGAAAAUAUAGUCUAUGGAUCUUUAUUUUCAAGCUUGACAAUCAGUUCCAUAGAAUAGUGAUGACUACAUUCUAGCACUCCAGCGGCUGUGACCUUUCAAAUGAUGCUCCACCAGCCGUUCUCCACCAGGGACGUAGAAUAUCUCCACUUCCUACUUUCCUGAGAUUCGCCUCUGACCGUACAGGAUUAUUCAGCCAAGUGUGAAUUCUCAGGAAUGAAAAGUGAAUUCAAAUUUAGGCCAAAAAUUUUUUUAAACACGUCCAAGAUGGCA